CUCUCUCACUCUCUCACUCUUUCACAACUCUCUCUCUCACACUCACACACACACACUCUCUCUCUCUUACUAUCUUCACUACCAUUUAUCCACGAACAACACUACACGCCUCACUCAAUCACUCACUCACUCACCUUCACAAGCACGAUCCUUGCUCUACGAUCUAUAUAACUAUCCAUACUCAACCGCCACAUAAGCCCCCCACCGACCGCUUCCGAUCGACUUACCACUGUACGGAACCCCACUACCCAACCGCUCCGCCCAACUUCAGCCUACCUACAGCGACCGGACGCCUACCAGUCUACACGCCUCAUAUCACACGACCUGCCGGUUACACGGAUUCCACAGUCGAAUCACCUUCAACAUGGCUAGUGCGGAGAGACUCCUCAUGAACGAGUUCAAGUCCAUGAGCAAGGAGACCUGGACCAACAUUGAAUUGAUCAACGAGAACGUCUUCGAGUGGAGCGUUGCACUUAUCGUGCUGAAUCCCGACUCCCUCUACUACGGCGGCUACUUCAAGGCCAAAUUGAGCUUCCCCAAGAACUACCCAUACAGUCCGCCGGACUUUAAGUUCGUUCGACCGCUGUACCACCCCAACAUCUACCCAGACGGCCGCCUCUGCAUCUCCAUCCUGCACGCACCCGGCGACGACGAGAUGUCUGGCGAGACGGCGGCCGAGCGUUGGUCUCCUGUGCAGCGAGUGGAGACUGUGCUCAUAUCCGUGCUGUCUUUGCUCGACGAUGCCGAGGUCUCGUCACCAGCGAAUGUGGACGCCGGAGUCAUGCUCCGCAACCACCCCGAACAAUACAAGGAGAUGGUGAGGAAGGAUCUGGAGACGAGCAAGCAGGACAUUCCCGCGGGCUUUGUCAUGCCAACACACGAGACUGCUUUCCAGACGAAGAAGGACGACGGCGAUUUCGACAUGAGCUGGGAGGACAGUGAUGUGGAGAGCUGGGGAGGUAGCGAUUCCGACGAGGAUCUGGAGGAGGACUCGGAAGACCUUGAGGCCGCCGACCUGGACGACGAGGAAGAUGAAGACGACGAGGACCACAAGGCCGCGGGGUCGAAAGGUACCACAGCGAAGUCAUAGGGGGUGCGUGUGCACGUCCGCUUGGCAUAUGAGCGUUUCCUUUUCAAACUAUCAUCCCUUUUCCAUACUCCGAGAACGCCCCUCACGACAUCCGAUUCACGACUCUCUUCGCAUCUUUGGUAAAUGAUCCAAAUCCACGCUCCCAUUCCAUCCUUUCUCUCAAGCGCGGCGUUUGGUUCGGUCAGGUCAAUCGGUUCAUGAACGUCUACCAAUGCUCCUCUCUUUCCAUCAGGCGACUCCACAUUCUAUGUUCUCCCCUACAGGCAUUUUCACUCCCUGUCUCCGCGUCUGGCUCUGUCUAUUCCCAUGGAGCGGCGGGCGGACAACAUUCCAGGAGUUUUUU